AAGUAUAAAACCGUAUGACUGCCUCUGCUUUACAAAGGCAACGCUUUCUGGAUAAUUUGCCAUGUCUCUGAAAAUGUUUCAAAUUUUGGUGUCUGCUCUGCUGUUUACAGGUGUCCUUGGAGCACCUUUUCUGACAGAAGAAUCAGCAAAUCAAUUUAUACGACUUAAACGACAGAUACCAUAUUCUCAGAACUACUGGGACACAAGCAGCAGCCAGUAUGCAUGGGGAUAUAUUGGGGCAGAACAGGUUAGUGAGUCAUGGACAGCUUUGAGAGACACAGCACAAUACUACAUGGACUUGGGUUCUUUUGCCUUUGAUCCUUCGAUUGCGUGGUACGAUGGGGUUUCUCAACAGAGCAUUUCAUAGAGUCAAAACGCAUGCGUGUGCCUAACAACAACAUCAGAUCUUACAUGGAUAUGCUGCAGCAGUCUGGGAUUCACCUCCAGCAACAGACAAGGAUAAGCUAUUAAAUCCUACACAUCUCAUAUCUGGCCAUAUUAGGAUAUGGCAUGUUAUGUAUUUGCCAUUAUGUAUUUGAUAAGAUUACUUUAUCUCAUCCCACUGUCUAAAAAUUAAAACACUAAUUCUCUCAAUACCACAUAUUGUAUAUUCAUAAGUAGAAGUGAGAUGUAAGUAAGUCAUGGUAAAUAGAAUAAGAAGUUGAAGACAAGGCAACCAUUAACUUUUAGCAGAUUAAUUACCCCCCCCCCCCCCCGUGUUCUCAGGUAAAACUCUUUUUGACUAAACAAUUGUUUUUAAAUGUGCAUUCCUGCUUCUGUGACUGAAAACAACAUUUAUAUUUCUCAGUGUCUUUCUUUAGCUACAUUUUUGAGACACAAUUAAGAAAUGGAAAUCAGUCACUUUAGGUGGGUAAAAGAAGUUUGCUCCAGGUUUGGAUAGUAAGAAGAGUAUACUUCUGUACUUCAAGUGCAUUUCCAUUUUUUCAAGUACUGGGGUCAAAUUAGUAGGUAUUAUAGUAUACAUCCAUAUCAUGUGUAUGCUUUGCUUUCCACAUUUAAACUUCUGUACUUGGUCUUGAAUGCCAAAACCAACCAAAGCCACAGCUACCACCAUGAACUCCUUUUUCUUGCUCCAUGGAAGUUAGAGCUGGUGGAAACACUUAUUCAUGGCUCCUUUUCCUAAUAAAAGCGGUGAUGACAAAA